AUGUCGCGAGGAGGACGAGGCGGAGGCCGUGGCGGCCGCGGCGGCAAGGCAGGACCCCAGCUGUCCUGGGACAACGGCGAACACGCCCCGGACACGCGGCCAUCAGAGCUCUUUCCCCAAUACGCCGUCCCGACCGCAAAACCCCUCUCCGACCACGAACGCGCCAACGUCAACGCCUUCCUCCUCUUCCGCCGCCAGCUCCAGGACGGGCCCCUCUACACCCGCAAGCGCACCUGGGGCAUGGACCCCCUCAACGUCCGCAAGCUCUACGGCCAGGAGCAGGUCAACGCAAAGUACGGCGUCCGCACCCGCGCCACCGCCGACCCCUUCACCGCCGUCCCGACCUACUCGCAAAAGUUCACCCGCCCCGAGCGCGCGCUGCCCGACUUCUCCAGCCGGCCGUUCUGCAAGGAGUUCUUCCCGCAGGAGCUGCACGCCACGCUGGACGGGGACGACGUCGCGCCUGGGGAGAGAAAGCGCGGCGGGGCCGGGGCCGGGGGCGAGGCGAAGAGGUUGAGGUUGUCGCGGAUCACGGCGCUGCCGACGGCCGAGGACGUGUUUCAGGUGGAGGAGGUCGUGGGGCCGGACGGGGCGAAGAAGACGCUCGAGGCGCUGGAGAGGAUGCCGGACGGGGAGGGCGAGGGGGCGGAGGAGGAUUGGGAGGAGGGCGGGGAGGAGGAGGAGCAGGAUGUCGAGUAUGACGACUCGGACGCUGGUGAUUACGAUGCGGAGAAUUACUUUGACGACGGCGAGUUUGGGGAUGGGGAUGAUGGGGACGAUGAUCACGGUGGUCGGGAGGGGUCGUACUGA